CACUUAUCUUAUCCGUUUCAAGAUUUCUACGUUAUACGUUAGCUACAUUACGACAAGUUAAAUGAGCAGAACUUUUUAGAAGUACAAAAAAAAAAACGUGGAUUUCCUCUGAGCGCACAGCAUGUCGAAAGUAGACGAAGGGCAGCCCGCAGCCGAAGGCGCGGUGGUUGCUGGCAAUGGGAACGCUGAGCUGGCCCAAGAAGGUCAGCCGGGACAGGAGGGCCAGCCGCAGCAACAGCAGCCCACCCGCAUGGAAUCAUUCUUUGCGAUGACAAAGUCAUUGAUUCUGCGCGCCCUAAUCAUCUACUUCGUAAGCUCUUUCUUCCGCCGCCCGCAGCCCAAUGCCGGCCAGGGCCAGGACAAGAGCGUGGCCAAUGCGGGUCCAAAGAUCUCUGCGUGGAACUACUUUGAAAACGGCACCGAGUUCGACUUGCACGUGUGGCUAUCGGAAGAGCCGGACAUUGUGAACUUCCAGCAGAAGGCCAACCUUCUUUGGCUGCAGGAAGAUCUGACCUACGGAGACUGGGUAUCGGGGCCAACGGGUGAUGGCAUUUACACGCACAGCCUUAAGCUGAAAGCCAGCCAGCAUUUGAUGAACAACGGAAGCGUCUACCUGCACGCUUUUGUGACCAGAUCCGGCGAAAGUCCCGACCCGCAGGCGCCCAACUAUGCGGCGAAUGGCCACAUGGGCCACCAACAGCAACAGCUGAACAAGUUCAAAAAACUGCGCGUCAAUCGAAACUACAACCUACUAGCCAGCGAGAAGGAAAAGCUGGAGCACGAGCUGAAGCACGCGAACCUCAAGGACACAAUAGUUUCCCAUUGGCAUCCUAACCUCACAGUGAACUUGGUGGUGGACCAGACCAACUGGGCCCAGGGCACAGUGCCGCCGCCGCUAGAUGAGUACGUUAAGUUUGUCGACGGUGGCAAGACGUAUCUACCGAUAGUGUUUGUGAAUGACUAUUGGAAUCUGCAGCGUGAGUACUUCCCCAUCAACGAAACCACUCCCGAGCUGGAGCUGCACCUCACAUUUCAGCCACUGGGCAUGUUCAAGUGGCAACUAUACGCCGCAAAGCAGAUGAAGAACAAAUGGGCCGGCAACAUGCUGGGUGAGCUGAUGGCCGCCAGUCAGCCGGAGGAGAGCGACGAGGACCAGGACUCGUUGAAGGAGACCCUUUUGGACACAAACAUUUAUCUGCUCGGUAUCACCGUGGCCGUGUCCAUCCUGCACUCAGUGUUCGAACUGCUGGCCUUCAAGAAUGACAUUCAGUUCUGGAACAACCGCAAGUCACUAGAAGGCCUGUCAGUGCGGUCCGUGUUCUUUGGCGUUUUCCAAUCCUUGAUCAUCCUUCUGUAUGUUUUGGACAACGAGACGAACUUCAUGAUUCGAAUCUCCUGCUUCGUUGGCCUUGGCAUCGAGGUGUGGAAGAUUCACAAAGUGGUGGACAUCGACUAUAAUCGCGAGCAGAAGCUCUUCGGAGUUCUGCCGCGGAUCAGUUUCCAGGACAAGGGGUCCUACUCAGAGAGUUCUACCAAGGAGUACGACAAGCUGGCCUUCAAGUACCUGGGGUGGGCUUGCUUCCCCCUGCUGGUGGCCUACUUUGUCUACUCGCUGAUCUACAACGAACACAAAGGAUGGUACUCGUUCGUCCUGAACAUGCUAUACGGCUACCUUCUGACGUUCGGCUUCAUCCUGAUGACUCCUCAGCUGUUCAUCAACUACAAACUGAAGUCGGUGGCGCACAUGCCGUGGCGUAUGAUGACCUACAAGUUCUUGAACACCUUCAUCGAUGACAUAUUUGCGUUCGUGAUCAAGAUGCCGACCAUGUACCGGCUCGGCUGCUUCCGCGACGACAUCAUAUUCUUUGUGUUCCUUUACCAGCGUUGGCAGUACCGCGUCGACCUCAAGAGAGUCAACGAGUUCGGCUUCUCUGGGGAAAUGGAGCAGGAGCAGGCCGGGGCCAAGGCCGCAAACGGGGCGAUCGAGGGGCCCGCUGCAACUACGCCAGCGACCAAAAAGACAGCCGCGCAAAAAAAACAGGACUAAGUCUGGGAGUAAGACUAGGCCAAUAUCCAAAGUAUGCAUUAACAGCAUUGCGACAAGGCAAUACUAUAUACUCCCACUAUGAAUGUAAUCACUCCAGUAUACAUAGUCAAAGGUAAUCCCCUAGCAUCAUUAUUAGGGCUAAUUGUAAUUUCGUAUGUUUGUGUUUCGUGCCCUCCAUGCUGGAUCACCCAGCGUAGGAAGAUCAAAUAAAUUAAGUGUGGAAUGAAA